AUGUCCGUGGAAGAAAAGCUCCGAACUCAAUUUCCAGACACAGUCUACACGGCAUUAGCACCACCAGACCGUCAUCCUGGAUUCAACUACAAGGGCUUCCAUCCAGGCCGUGUUACUCGACUUCCAAGGGGCCAUGUAAAGGAGCCUGGAUAUCAGGCAUUCCCAGUGGAUGUGACCUGGGAAGAAGACCAAGCAAUUGUCAUGCGCGACGGCGUCAAGCUCUAUGCAGAUGUAUUUCGCCCCACUGACGAAACUGAGAAGGUACCUGCAAUCCUACCCUGGAGUCCAUAUGGGAAGGUCGGGACUAGUACUACAAACUACGAUAAUAUGGGGCCAUGGCGAAUUGGUAUUCCAUACCAGAAUCUGAGCGGGUACGAGACUUUUGAAGGUCCCAACCCAGCAGAAUGGUGUCCCAGGGGCUAUGCAAUUGUAGAUGUCGACGCCAGAGGGGCGGGUCAUUCGGAGGGUAACCUUAUGUUCUGGGGCGAACAGGAAGCGGUUGAUAUCUAUGAUACGAUCAGCUGGAUAGCCCAGCAGCCAUGGUGUAGCGGAUCAGUAGUUAUGGCGGGAAACUCAUGGUUGGCUAUUUCACAGCUCAACUUUGCGUCGCGUUUCCAGCACCCAAAUCUGAAGGCGAUUGCCCCAUGGGAGGGAUUAACGGACCUCUAUGGUCAUCAGAUAUGCCGCGGAGGUAUCCCGAAACCUGCGUUUGGUGAAUUGAUCCUCCGUGGGCUUGCAGGGUAUGGAAAGGCAGAGAAUAUCGGCGCCAUGGAAAAGCGAAUCAAACCGGAAGAUAUCAAGGACAUUCCGAUGUAUCUUACAGCCUCCUACUCGACUGGUCUUCACUGCGAUGGCUCCAUCAGAGCGUUUGAAACAGCAAUGACGUCUAAGAAAUGGCUACGUGUGCAUUCCACGCAAGAGUGGCAUGACCUAUACAGACCAGAAGCUACAGACGACCUGCAGCGCUUCUACGAUUACUACGCUAAAGGUAUCCAAAACGGCUGGGAGGCAGAAACGCCCCGUGUGCGACUGAGCCUAUUGGGGUACGAUGGUAGUAUGGCGAAAACAAUUGUCGAGCGCCCUGAAGAGCAGUGGCCUCCAGCACGGCAGCACAUCCGUCGCUACUAUCUGGAUGCUUCAACUCAAUCUUUAGGAACAGUCAAGCCUGUGAAUUCUACCAGCAUUGCGCAUGAAGGGCGUUCAUUGAUUGCUUCCUCGGAUUUCAGGCUCUUCUUCGACAAAUAUACCGAGCUAUGCGGACGUCCCUUUGUGAAGCUAUACAUGUCUUGCAAUGUGAAGGAUGACUUUGAUGUUGUGGUGCAGAUACGCAAGAUCUCUUCGUCGGGAGAGCCUCUUGAGUCUCUGAACUGGUCACCGAUGCCCGCACCACGGCCGAAGGUCCCAAAUGUCAAUGUCGCAAAGCAUCUAGGGCAGCAGGGUAUGCUCCGAGCUUCACACCGCGUGAGCCUACAGCCCCGAGCCAGCGAAGAUGAGGUUCCUGUGUAUGACCAUCGCAGCAGCCAACCGAUCGCUCCUGGAGAGAUUGUUCCUCUUCUGAUCCCAAUAUGGCCCCUGGGAAUGGUUUUCGAGGCCGGUGAAGGUUUGAUCCUGCGAGUUUCCGGUCAUGAUAUGUCACUCCCGGAAACAGAAUCGUUGAGGCUAACAGCCCCAAUCGAUGAUAAUGAAGGGCAGCAUACCGUGUACACGGGUGGAGAGUAUGAGAGCCAUCUGGUACUUCCUGUGAUCAGCGAAUAG